UGGAACGGACAGUGAUCGAGCCUGUUACAUAGCCAAACUACUUCAACCCUUACCAAACAUCGGCGUCGCACAACCAAAAUCCAAAUGAACGUGAGCACCACGACCAUAGACACAGGAUACGUGGGCAACCUCGCCCAUGACCAAGAGGAAAAACUGCUACAGCUAUGGGCGAUUUUGUUGCGAUCGUGCGAUCCGGAGUUAUACAGCGCGGAUGUAAGUCCGAAUGGCCAACCUUCAUCUCCGACAACUCCCAAACAGCACAAAAGACUCUUCUCAUUAGGCUGGCCAGAAAUUCCUAGCAAAUCAAGUACGGAUUUGCCUCCAAUACCUGGCAAAUUGCUUUCCGUGCUUGAAACCAUGCACAUGGAUGCACAAGAAAUCAAGUCCAUCCAGCAAGUCUUGACUAAACUCAGCCCGGAGCAGCUUUGCUCGGCUUUCUUUGCUAUGAUGAAACAGGAUCACCCAGAUGCAUUCCUUCUUCGAUUCCUGCGCGCGGAGAAAUGGGAUGUCAGCAAAGGAUUUGCCAAGCUUGUAUCGGCGUUAGAGUGGCGAAGCAAGCAGAUGCGGGUGGAUGAAGAAGUCAUACUCAAAGGGGAGCUACAUGCGUUGGAACAAUCGCGGAAUAGCGCAUGCACGGCCGACAAAAAAGAUGGGGAGGACUUUCUGGCCCAGUUGCGUAUGGGCAAGGGAUAUUUCCAUGGUGUCGAUAAAUCCGGUCGUCCUAUUUGUGUAGUGCGAGGGCGACUUCAUAAGCCUGGUGCGCAGAGUGAAAAGGCGCUCAAUGAAUACAUUGUGUAUAACAUCGAGCUGGUCCGAUUGCUCCUUGUUCCUCCUGUCGAAACGAUGACAUUGAUCUUCGACUUGACCGGGUUCUCUCUUUCAAAUAUGGAGUACGCCCCCGUCAAGUUCAUCAUCCAGUGCUUCCAAGAAAACUAUCCCGAAUCUCUUGGUGCUAUGCUCUUUUACAAUGCACCCUGGUUCUUUUCCGGAAUUUGGAAGGUCAUCCGGGGCUGGCUUGACCCUAUUGUGGCCGCCAAGGUCCAUUUCGUGAAUUCGGUUGAAGAUCUAGAGCAUUUCAUUGAUCGCACACAGAUAGUGAAGGAACUUGGCGGCGACGAAGACUGGGAGUACGAAUAUGUAGAGCCUGAAGAAAAUGAGAAUGCGACGCUUGGCGACACAACCACCAGAGAUGCUAUUAUCGCUCAGCAUCAGCGAAUCGGAGAGGAGCUCUUCAGCACAACCUCAAUGUGGUUGUCCGCCAAAGACAAAAAGAACAUGGGCGAUGCUUCGCUACAGAAAGACCAGAGGGCAGAUGUUAUCGUGCGGCUGCGACAAAAUUAUUGGAAACUGGAUCCGUACGUACGUUCUCGUACGGUUCUGGAUCGCACUGGUAUCAUCCAAGCUCAUGGUAAUAUCGACUUCUAUCCAACUAAAGGCGGUGAUGAGAAAAAGGUCGAUGCAGGCUCAAAGGCUGUUGUUGGCCAGGUAGAAUAUGUCAACAUGACCCAAGUGACAGGCGUAGCGUGACCGGUUAUCCUGACGGACUCAAUUUUAUUUUCGGAUACAUUCUUUUGGGUUACUAUAAGCAAGACUUUCUAGGGAAGCGAGCAAUGCUAGUUGGUUUUCAGUAGUCACAACUUGUCUUCUGUCUACAAUGUCUCAAGGCAUCCAGGGAUUGUCAUUAUGACCGGUUCACAGUAAAUCCUACUAUCUACUCUCGUGACUCAUAUGCAG